AUUAAUUAAGAUUUUUUAUUUUUUUUUACAGGCGAAGACGAUAAGCUAAGUUACGACAAACUUAAAGCAAGACUACGAGCACUUAAUGUGUAUGUAUUCCUGAGUCACUCAGAAGACUUCGAGACAGCCAAAAGUUCUCAGCUACCUUUAUCAGAAGGGUCUGCGUACUGCACGAUGGGCAGAAACACAAAGGUGGGCUGCAAUCGCUGCACGUGUGUCGCUGGACAACUUUACAUGUGCACUGGUAUAAUCUGCCCCAUAACUAAGCAUUUAAAAAAUAAACCUAAUAAAGCAUUGAGAGCCGCACGAUCCGAAUGCGUUGAUGGUACGUCGUACAUGGAUGACAAGGGAUGUAACCGCUGCUACUGCAUCGAUAACACAGAGUACUGCACUUUACACGACUGCGGUUCCCACGGAGAAAAAAGGCCGAAGCUAAAGUCGGAUUUCCAAUGCGUUAAUGGUACGUCUUUCAUGGAUGACGAGGGAUGCAACCGUUGCUUCUGCAUCAAUAAUCACGCGGUCUGCACUUUGAAUACCUGCCUAAAGAUAAGCGAUAAAGAUAAAGCGUUGUUGAGAGCCACACGAUCCGAAUGCGUUGAAGGUACGUCGUACAUGGAUGACGAGGGAUGCAACCGCUGCCACUGCAUCGAUAACACAGCGUACUGCACUUUACAAGACUGCGGUACCCACGGAGGGAAAACGCUGAGGAUAAAGACGGAUGUGAAAUGCGUUAAUGGUACGUCGUACAUGGAUGACGAGGGAUGCAAUCGUUGCUUCUGCAUCGAUAAUAAUGAGGUCUGCACUUUGAAAGCCUGCAUAGAGGAAACCGCGUUUUGCUUAGUAGGAUCAGUAAAACAAAGCAUGUGUGGAGAAUGCGUCUGCACUACGGGAAGGUGGGAUUGCCCUAGUUGUCAAUAUAACGAGCUCUUUACCAAAAUACAUAAAAAUAAGUUAAGAUUCCAAAAUCCUGAAUGCGACGACCAUCCAGAGGGUGACUGGUUCCUAGAUGAAGACGAAUGCAAUUACUGCACGUGUAUUAAUAAUAAUAAAGUCUGUACUAAGAUGGGUUGUUUUAAGGCAGAAGAAAUUGAUGAAGAUAAAGCAUUUGUGAGAACCACACGCUCCGAAUGUGUUGAUGGUACGUCGUACAUGGAUGACAAGGGAUGCAACCGCUGCUACUGCAUCGAUAACACAGAGUACUGCACUUUACACGACUGCGGUUCCCACGGAGAGAAAAUGCGGAAGAUAAAGUCGGAUUUCCAAUGCGUUAAUGGUACGUCUUUCAUGGAUGACGAGGGAUGCAACCGUUGCUUCUGCAUCAAUAAUCGCGCGUUCUGCACUUUGAAAACCUGCCUAAAGAUAAGCGAUAAAGGAAAAGCGUUGUUGAGAGCCACACGAUCCGAAUGCGUUGAAGGUACGUCGUACAUGGAUGACGAGGGAUGCAAUCGCUGCCACUGCGUCGAUAACACAGAGUACUGCACUUUACACGACUGCGGUACCCACGGAGGGAAAACGCUGAGGAUAAAGACGGAUGUGAAAUGCGUUAAUGGUACGUCAUACAUGGAUGACGAGGGAUGCAAUCGUUGCUUCUGCAUCGAUAAUAAUGAGGUCUGCACUUUGAAAGCCUGCAUAGAGGAAAGCGCGUUUUGUGUAGUAGGCUCAGUAAAACAAAGCACGUGUGGAGAAUGCGUCUGCACUACGGGAAUAUGGGAUUGCCCUAGUUGUGAAAAUAACGUGCUCUUUAACAAAAUACUAAACACGAGGUCAAGUCCAAGAUGCUACACUGGAAGCUCCAAAAUGGUCGAUUGUGGAGAAUGCUUCUGCGUCUCUGGAAAGUGGAUCUGCCCUAUCUGUGACGAGAUCCACCCACGUUUAGAUAUGAGCAUGACCAGAAGAGGUGACAGAAGGUGUGUACACGGCGAGCGAUAUAAAACGGAUCCUUGUAAUUACUGUGUAUGUGUUGACGGCCACGAUAUAUGCACGAAUACAGAUUGUGCGGCCGUUAAAUUGGAUGGCGUUUUAUGCAAUCCCUAUAAGGACAUAAGUCCAAAAAAGGUCGAUUGCAACGUUUGCACCUGCAGUAAAUCAACAAAUCUUAAAAUAUUCCGAUGGCUGUGGUAUUGUACAAAACGUGAUUGUGAUACUUACGAAAAAAAUACAAAAUUGCGAAAACCAAACAUAAUGUCGACUCCAUGCAGAGAAGGUAGCACGCGACAAAUAGACAACUGCAACCACUGUAAAUGUGAAUACGGGUUGUUUGUUUGUACUAACGAAAUAUGUGACACAGAAAGCACUACUCCAGGUUAUUAUGUACUGCGAAGAAAAAAAGAAUGUGAUGUUUUUGACUCGAAACGUAUAAAAUGUAACCGAUGUACGUGCAUCUUUGGAAAAUGGUCCUGUACCCAUUUUAAGUGUAAAAAGAAAUUAAAUGAUAAUAUUGAAUACAUUUCUUGGGAGGAUGACACACCUCCCGAAUUUGUAGAAAUGACCGAAGCUGAAGAUCAUGGUCAACCUCCAGUCUCUAAUGAAACAUUUUAUUCUGAUUGGCUCUCAAGUCCUAAACAUCCUACUAAACAUCCUUCUGCAAAUGAUCGUUAUAAACACAAUAACAAAAAGGGUAAUCGUCUUCGUCAUAAACACCACAGAGGCCAUAAACACGGUAAGUUUAAAGUAAUAAGCUAA